GAAGUCCGCAGCACUCGAGAACACACACAGUCCGCAGCACUCGAGAACACACACACACACACACACACACACACACACACACACACACACACACACCAGCAUUCCAGGGACAGAGGUCGGCUGCGCGGCUUUUCUGAGUGUUACGGCGCGCUCCUCCCGCCCCCGCGCGGCGCGGGUAGGGACCCACCGGUUCCGCUCCGCACCAGCAGCGGAGACCUGACCCUAGGGAGCGGGACCCCGCGGUCCCGACGCUCUGCUCGGUUCAGGCUACAUGCCCGUAUGGAGGGGACUGCAGAGUCCCAGACGCCUGAUCUGCGAGACGUGGAGAGCAAGGUGGGCAGGAAGACCCCCGAAGGGCUGCUCCGCGGGCUUCGAGGGGAGCGGGAGCCGGGACCCUCCGGCACCCUGCUGCUCCCCGGGGCGCCGAGCUCGGGCCAUGGGCUGGGGGACAAGAUCAAGGCGCUGAAGAUGGAGCUGGCUUACCUGCGAGCUAUUGACGUGAAGAUCCUACAGCAGCUGCUGACUUUGAAUGAGGGCAUUGAGGCGCUCCGCUGGCUGUUGGAAGAACGGGGAACAUUGACCAGCCACUGCAGCAGCCUCACCAGCAGUCAAUAUAGCCUGACAGGUGGGAGCCCAGGCCACUCAAGGAGAGGCAGCUGGGACAGCCUGCCAGACGUCGGCUCCACUGACCAGCUGGACAGUGUCUCCAUUGGCAGCUUCCUGGACACCGUGGCACCCCCUGAGCUGGAUGAACCGGGCAACCUUAGGGCUCCCCAUCCUGAGAUGGACUGGGCAAAGGUUAUACCUGGUGGGGAGAGGGCCAGGACUGAGUUGGACCUGACAGCCACCAAGCUAGGGAGCUUGAGGGCUGUGUGGAAGCCCCCAGAGGCGGGGCUCCAAGGUGGACCUCCUGAGCCACCAGAGGAUGAAAAUGCCGAGCUGGGCUUUGAGGUCCACUGGUACUGGGGGCAGUGCCAGGAUGACGUGACCUUCCUGUAACAACAUUUCCACCCUUUUGUUCUGCUGUGGCUCUUUCUUCACUAGGCCCUCGUCUCCCUUGAAAUUUACUCUCUCUCAAUUUGGGACUAGGAAGAGGCUGCAUUGAAAUCAGUUACCAUGGAAAUCUGGCCUCACCAUCUCUUUGGUCCUUGGUGAAGCUGUGCCUCUAUCCCUCAACUAUUGGGUAUAUAUAUAUAUAUAUAUAUAUAUAUAUAUAUAUAUAUUUCCCCC